AUGGGCAUUGUGGAGACAUUUGGACCCUCGUUCAUCGAAGGAUCACAUCACACGUCCCAUGUGGGCAGGACGCUGUCAGCAGCGGCGAAGGAAAUGCCGAAGCCGCCACCAGAAGUGUGCACGCUGAUCCCAGGGAUGUUCGGAGUGGGAAUACAGUUCGCACUCUGCGCAAUUUCAGUGAUGAUGCUGCUGGUCAAGUACUACUUCGAGUCGCCCAAGAGGACGAAGAAGGUGUUCCUCAUGGACUUCUUCCAGCUUAUGUGCGGCUCGAGCACAGUGCACCUGCUGAACAUCAUAUCCUCGAUCCUGAUAAACAAGAUUAAGGUGAACAGCAACGACGCAUUCGUGCAGGACGAGUGCAACAUGUACUUCAUGACGACGGUCUUCGACGCCACGAUAGGAGUGUACAUCGAGUACAAAAUUGUCAAGUAUCUGGCGAUAAGGAAGGCGGCGCACAACUACCUGCAGAAGAACAGGAAGUCGAUGUUCACUCCCACGGUGCAGGAGCUGGCGGACGCAAAGCUGUUCGCAACGAAGUCGAUCAACUCGAUGGGCUACAACCUUCUAGGCCCGACGUCGAGCAUCUCGACGACGGCGUCGCUGUACAGCGGAAGUCACGCGGGCGCCGAGGAGAAGGCGCCGAGUAAGGCAGGCUUUCUCGGCUACUUCAGCAAUUUCAAGCCCAAGUUGAGUGAGGCAGUAGAAAACGCAAUGCUGGACAGCGAGUUUAAGACCAUGAGGAGCUCCUCGUUCGUCGAAGUCGUGGACCUGGAGGCGCUACACAGCCACAGACAUAACAGUGACCGAAGGGACCCACUGAGUGAAAAGAGGGACUACAGGCCUUUGGAGAGUGAGUUGCACCACGGCCAGCUGAGGGCAGACCCUGAGUCAAAGUCGGGGGUGAGGGACCAGUUUACUCACGAGCUCGACGACACGACGACGGUCGACGAGGAGGAAGAGCUGCUGACCGACGACGAGCUUCCGAACCCGAGUCACUACUCGAGCUCGUUCCUGUACAACGUGAACUCGCUGUACGCCAAGUUCAACAAGUGGUCGAAGAAGAGGUCGAACAAGGAGUACCUGCUGAACCUGUACACGUGGCUGCUCAUAGUCUCCGGGCUCAAGUGCGUCUCAAUAAUCCUGUUCACCAUAUUCUCGUAUCAAAUUAACCUGGUAACCUCGUACAUACUGUACCCGUUCAGCGGGUCCCACAAGAUUAAGCUGAUCAUUGUGAUGAUAGUCUUCCCGCUCUUCCUGAACGUAUUCCAGUACUACGUGACGGACUCGAUAAUAAAGAUUAAAAUACCCCUGAAUUAA